GAAGGGCUGGAGUUGUGGAGAGAGGACUGGGAUAACGUUGAACGAGACUGGGAAUGCCAGCUCAGCAACUAAACAACCUGCCUUCUUUCUUACGCCAUUAACACCAACAGUAACUGACGAUUCUGUGGAUUAGGGUUUCAUAUUCAAUCCCUUUUCUUACAUGCAUAUUUGUUUUCCUAAUAAAUAGUUUGUGGGUUUGUUGAGAUUGGGAAUGAAGAUUAUGAAGGUGAAGGGAUUUUGAUGGAUUGACUUUGAUUCAAAUAAAAGUGCCUAGAAUUUUUUUGAAUUUUGUGUUUUAACUUUUGGGCCUCUGAUUUCAAUAUAUAUAUAUAUAUAUUUUUGAAGGUGUAGGUGGUAAUAAAUUUGAGGUUUAGAUCCAUUUGUUGGUGGUUAAUUUUUAGACUUUGACAUAAAAACAAGAGCUGAAAGAUUUCUAUUUGACAAUUGUCUUUUGUGAUUUUGAAACUUGGCUAGAAUUUGGAGUUUCAAAUGUAUUUUUGUUGAUGGGUUCUGCUUCGAUUUUCGUUCAGAAAUAGUCGCUGAAGUGUUUGCUGUGGGUUUGGCAAAAAAAGAAGCACAAUUUUUAGAGCUUCGGAUCCGUUUGUUCUUGGGUUUUGUGUAGACUUUGUAUUCAAUCACUCCUUGAAGUAGCGGAAAAAUUGGUAUUUGAAAAUGAAGGAAGAAACACUUUUUGGUGACCAGUCUUGUGUGAAAGAGCUGAAAUUAGAAGAUGAUGAGGAAGAGUUUCGGAGCUGUUGCGAAGACGAGGAUGAAUUAAAGGGGAGGGAAGAACCGUCAAAGGAAGAUUUGAAAUACGAUGAAUUUUCGGUGAAGAUGUUCUUCAAGGGUGUAUCAAUAGCUCAUGUUGGAGAGUCUGGUUCUGGGAUUUCUGGAAUUGGGGUUGUUUUGGAAAGAUCAGCUAAUUUUGCUGUUAUUCAAGUUCAGAAAAAGCUUGAUUUCUAUGUGGAGGAGUCUGUGGCGGACUAUUUAGCUUUGAUGGAUGGUCUAUUGGAGGCUGUCCGCAACAAGAUUAGGCGGGUUUUUGCUUUCACAGACUCUGAGGCCUUAUAUGAUCAGAUUAUGCAUGAGAGUCUUGAGAAUCCGCUUCUUGUAGCAUUGAGGCAAAGGAUCCUAGAACAUGCCAAUGGUCUGGACACCUUUCUUCUGAGAAUUGUUCCCAGUUUUGAUAUGAAGAAGCCAUUACACUUGGCCCGUGUGGCAAUUGGGAUGGUCUCUUUUCAAUCUAAGGAAGAUGAAUCAUUUGAAGAAUGCUCCAUCUGUUGUGAGGAGAAGCCACCGCCAAUGAUGUUCACAUUCAAAUGUAACCACAAGUUCUGUUCCGAUUGUAUGAAAACCUAUGUUGAUGGAAAAGUACAGUCCUCUCAAGUCCUUCUGAGAUGCCCUCAGUUGAGAUGCAAAUAUUUAAUCACCUCCAUGGAAUGCAGAUCUUUUCUUCCGGUUAACUCCUAUGAAGCAUUAGAGAGAGCCCUUGCAGAAGCAAAUGUUCUCAACUCAAAUAAAGUUUACUGCCCAUUUCCUAAUUGUUCGGUCCUCCUUGACCCUCGUGAAUGCUUGUCAAGCAGGGCUAGUUCAUCAAGCCAACCAGACAACAGCUGUGUGGAGUGCCCAGUUUGCCAGCAAUUUAUUUGUAUAGAAUGUGGGGUCCCCUGGCAUUCUUCAAUGAGCUGUGAGGAGUAUCAAAACCUCCCGUUGGAGGAGAGGGAUGCUGGAGACAUUACUUUGCAUCGUCUAGCACAAAAUAAAAGGUGGAUGCGUUGCCAGCAGUGCAGGGGGAUGAUUGAGCUUUUACAUGGCCGCUACCACAUGACCUGCUGGUGUGGCCAAGAGUUCUGUUAUUCCUGUGGUGCUGAAUAUCAGGAUGGCCAACAGACAUGUCUAUGUGCAUUCUGGGAGGAAGAGAACUCUGACAAUUUGCUCAUUGAGCCUACGCAAGAUUCUGAACAAUGGGCAUGGAAUUCCUUUGAUUCAUUCCCCAUGAUUACAGAUACUUACUCAGAUCAGGAGAGAUCACAACUGGCACUGAUCCAGAGAUUUCUUGCUGGGGGUUUCAGCCUGGGUGACCAUCACACUUCCCAAUCUCCGCCUCGCUGUGCAGAUUCGUAUGUCGAUCCAAUGAAGGAUCUCCAUCAGCUUCCUUGGCUCGAAAGGUUUGUCUCUGUGAUAAGUGAUAACUACUAUGAAGACUAUAUCCAAUGAAGCAGACAUAUGAAUGCUUCAUGUUCUGGAGAAUGGAAAAUGUUUGAAAGGGGAUGGAAAAAGUUUCUCACUCUCACUCCAAUUUCAACUUUAGUAAGCGUGGAAAAUGUGCACUACUUCUGCUAUGCAGUUUUCAUUAAAUUAUUUAUGUAAUCUGUCAUUCCUUGCGUAAUGGUAAGGAAAUGUAUGAUGAUAUAUUUCUUCUGGAAAGGAAAAUGUAGGGAGAGAAGAAAAAACAUAUAUUUGAUCAACAAAUUGAAAGUGAAAUAAACAUGGUCCUCCGUGUGUAUGUGUGAUGCAAAUGCACAUAUCAAAGGAAGGAUGGUUUGCAGUUGUAGAGAACGUGACAGUAUGUUUCAAUUGAGCUCAUUCCUCAUUCCAUGUAGAGGACACUUUUGUUAA